AUCAUCGCCAGCGACAGACAGCGUCAUCCUCAUUGACGUCGUUAUUCGCACAUCCCCUUGAUCAAGUCAAACAUCUGCCACAAUGUCAUCCAGACCAUCAAAACGGGCCAAAACUGGUCACGGCCCUCUCCGUGUCACCCGCGUUCAACCACACCGACAAUGUGCCAAUCGCCCCCCUCGGUUCUGGCACUUCCUGGACCUGCCCGCCGAAGUCCGCAACAUGAUCUACUCCCAACUCCUCACCAUCCCCACCGCCGCCGACGUGGCCGGCGUCUGGGAAACCCAGCCCCGUCUCGACCUCAGCCUUUUGUACGUCGACAAGCAGAUUUCUCGUGAGGCCGCCUUCGUCCUUUAUAGUAUGAACACCUUCGUCUUCCUCGAGCCCUGCGACGAGCACCGAGACCUCCACCCGGACGCCCAGGACAGCACUCUCCACCGCAGCUGCACCUGGCUCCGGAGUAUCGGCCAGGCCAACGCCCUGUCGGUCCGCAACCUGCACAUCCGCAUCCGCGCCGAGCGCUCAUCUCGUCCGGACUCGUACUACUCGGACCUGAUCCUCGAGCUCUCCGGCCUGGCACCAAACCUGACCCGACUAGCCAUCAUCGCCGAGAAGCACGCGAUGCAAGCCCGGCCCGUGCCCGCCCCCGUCCCCGCAGGGGCCGGCUCAACAGCAGGAGGACACCAGCAGGCCUUGGAGAUGCACUGGCACCGCCAGUGGGACCCCAACCACGUCACGCCCAUCAACACGUGGACCUUGUACCAGAUGCGCAUCGGCCUGCGCAAGUUUCCCAACUUGAUGAGCUUGGUCCUGGCCGGCUUCGAGCAGCCCGACCGAUUCUUCACGCCCCUGGCCCGCUUGAUCAACAAACACAAGCACUGCAGGAUCCACGUCGUGAGGCGGACUGUCGCCAGUCGGAGCUGUAGGAAACACCCCAACUUUUCGACGCUGUGGAAUGAGCAGGCUGUGUUGGACCAGAAUGGCAGGCCCAUCCCUAAACUCGAGAAAAAGAAGAGUGGUGGUAGUGGCUCCUGUGGGGCUGGGACUGCGAGCAACACUAACAACAAUCAGACUACUGAUGCUACUGAUGCUCAGAACACUACUACUACUGGUCAGAGUAGUGCUGCUACUGGUCAGGAUGCAUCUGAUGCUGGCCAGAAUGCUGCUGCUCAGGCUCAGGAGGAGGAGGAUGAUGCUGCUUCGGAUGAUGGUUGGCAGGAUAUCGAGGCUCUUCAAAGUGAUAGUGGUGCUGAAGAAGAUGACGAAGGCGAGGAAGACGAUAUGAUCGACGAAAUGAUCGCCUAGUAGGCGGAUUGUGUGUGCAUUGUCAUUGUCGACUCUUUACGGCAACAACAACCCGGUUCACGAAUAUUGUUCGAGCGUCAUCCCA